GCGCAGUCGGUGGUGUCAUGGCUCCGAGCGCGCAGGCGGGGGGCAGCCGCGGUCAGAGCACGGGUCCGGGGCUCCGGCAGGGAAUCCGCGCCGUGCUGCUGGGGCCGCCCGGUGCCGGCAAGGGCACGCAGGCUCCGAAGCUUGCUGAGACCUACUGCGUCUGCCACCUGGCAACUGGGGACAUGCUGCGGGCCAUGGUGGCCUCGGGGUCCGAGCUGGGAAAACGGCUCAAAGAGACAAUGGAUUCAGGGAAGCUGGUGAGUGAUGAGAUGGUGGUGGAGCUGAUUGAGAACAACCUUGACUCUCCUCCCUGCAAGAAUGGCUUCCUCCUGGAUGGCUUCCCACGCACAGUGAAACAAGCUGAAAUGCUGGAUGAGCUCCUGGAGAAGAGGAGAGAGAAGCUGGAUUCUGUCAUAGAGUUCAGCAUCCCCGACUCCUUGCUCAUCCGGAGGAUCACUGGACGGCUGAUUCACCCAGCGAGCGGCCGCUCUUAUCAUGAGGAGUUCAGACCCCCGAAAGAGCACAUGAAGGACGAUGUGACUGGAGAGCCCCUGAUCCGCCGUUCAGAUGACAACGAAACAGCCUUGAAAACCCGGCUGAAGGCUUACCACACCCAGACCUCCCCCCUGGUCUCCUACUACAGCAAAAGAGGGAUCCACACGGCCGUGGAUGCCUCUCAGUCUCCUGAUGUGGUGUUUGCUAGCAUUCUGGCAGCCUUCUCCAGAGCCACAUGUAAAGACCUGGUUAUGUUCAUUUAGGGCUCUGUCCCAGGAUGGAGCUUUCCCUUUCUUCUCUCUCUCUCUCUCUCUCUGUUUGUCUCUGUCUUUCUGGGGCCAGGGAGGGUGAAGAGCUAAGCAGAGUAGAAGAGGAGGGGAUGAGGUGAUGCAGCCCGAGGCAGGGCUAUGCUAAUUCUCUUUAAUUAAACGAGCUGUUAACGGUCUCUUAUCUCAGCAUAUGUGAACAUUAUGUGUCUGCGGGAGCCAGGGAUUUGUCCCCUAGAGGUCGCAGUGAGCCCAAGCACCCCCUGCCAGAGUUGGGGUUUAUACCCCCGAGGUUCAAAAGGCUUUUUGGUGGUUUGGUUUUUGGUUUUUUUCAGUCUGUAGCUUCCUGGAAGGAGACGGACUUUCAGCUGCUCCACAGGGAAUUACCAUAAGGUUGGAGGUCAGGACUGAUCUGUGAGGGGAAGGACCUGGGCAGGGUGCCAGAGAGGUGAUGUUCUGUCAGCAGAGCGUUGGUGGUGGGAAGGCUGUGAAGGGCUCUCUGUGUGUCCACCAGGGGAGGGAGAGCUUGUCCCUGUGUCUGAGCACAGCUUGCUGCUGCUGCUCGGGGCUGGAGAGAACUUAUUCUCCUUGUAUGGGCUCUUCUCUGUGGGAUGGCAGGUUACCCGAGAGUCUUCCUCCCAUUCUGAUGAAGCUUGUGGGGGAGUGCUGGGGGGUUUCAACCUCUCCUCAUUUAUGGGCCUCAAUAUGUAUAUGUAAAUGUUAGUGAGGGACUUUCUGGUUUGCUGAUUUUGGUUUUUUUAACAUCAUGAAGUUUCUGGUCAGUCUGACAGUCACUGUGUGUGGCAAGUUGGGAUCUCCUGGGGACAAGAAAAGGCCUUGGGUUUUAUCUCUUCACUCUUGCCUUGGCUUUGGCCAAGGAAGAUGUGUUGAGCUUCUCCUGGUCCCAAAAUCUAAAUAAAGCCUAGCUGCAAGCCAGAUGAUUUCUCAAGGCCUGAGAGGCAGCCUUAUUAACCACCAGCUUUGUGUGCCCUUGAGCCAAUGACCUUCAUUAUGAGCUCCUGGGAAUGUAUUUGUUUCUUGAGCAAAUCCAACAGCUCCAUCAGGCUGCUCAUUUGAGGAUACCACGUGUCGUGUGGUUAAUGCCCCAGCUUCUCAGGACCAUUACUCUAUUUGGUGACCCUGGUGACAACCUUUGUCCCUGUGGGAUUCCAGCCCACCUUACUGGAGGACCCCGCUUAUUGGCCCAGAUAAAAUUUUGUCCUUUAGCUUUCCAUGUAUGUUUACUGAUUUGGUGGUGGUUAGUCCUGUUGAAGAGAUGGUCUGUCUCCUUCCUUCCACUGGGCUGCCUAGGGCUGCAUGUCCAGAGCAGAUGCCUAAUACUCAGGGAUCACUCUUUUUCUUUAUAAUUUCUCUUUUAUCUGAAAAUAGCUCUCGUCCUUGUACAUCCUUUCCAGGGAAACAACCCCUUCCCUUCCAGCUAACAGGAAAGAACACCAGGAACUGAAAGCUGUUGAGUUGUUGCUCUUUGAAAGCACAUGUCUGUGGGGAGAGGGUUUGAAAGGAAACGGUUCUGGCUUAAUCAGCAGCCUGCAGUCCUCUGGGGUCCCCCAGGUGGCUGUUGCCUUCUCCAUCAUCUGUGUCUUCCCUGUGUGAGAGGACAGCCCCAGCACCAGGGAGGUGGAGGGGAGCAGCUAAUGCCGGGCUGCCAUGUUCCAGGGUAGUGGAGAGGACAGUGUCAGAACUGCCUCUCCAUGGCUGUAAAGAAAUGCUGAGUGGAAGGAGCUUUGAUUUUGGCAACUCAAGAGAGGCCCAGAGGAGGGCUGCAGCCCCUGCCUAAUGGCAGGAGGGGCUCUGGGGCUCUAAGCCAGUUGUUGCUCCUGGACUUGCUCAAGGUUUUACUCUACAGUGUGAACACUCUGUUUUUCCACUCUAUUUUUUUUCCACUUUGUGCUCACUUUUGGAUCCAGCUUGCCAGCCUUUUCCUGCCAUAAGCCAUGAUUAAUUUUGUUUUUUUUUCCCCUAAAUAUUUUUUUUUCUUUGUUCCCAUUUAUUCCAGCUGAAUGACUCCGUGAACCAGAUGAGAGACCACCAAAUGCUGCACACUCUGCUACAUCACCCAUUGCAGCCCUCCCCUGCGUGCAGGGGAGGCAGGGAGGGGGUUACUAUUGAUGGGAGGGAAAUAAGGAGGUGGUAGACAAGGGGCUUGGGGGCUGUUUUGCUUGUUUUUCUUAAUUAGCAGAAUCACUGAAGAGGAGAUGGAAUUCUCCUUAAAAAUUACAGUUUGGGGAGACAAAACAAUUGUACAGAGUGAAACAUGUCUGCCAGUGAUCAAAUCAUGGGUCCUUGACCCUGUUGGAGGAUAGGGCUAGAUGUCAUUCCAGGCUUCUCCAGGACUUUCAGACUUUCAGGGUUUGUCUCAUGGGCUCUUGGUACUCUGAGGCCACUGUGAGGUUUGCUGUGAUUUUUUUUUUUUUUUUUUUUUUUUUCCUCCUCUUCUCUGAAGUUGCUUCCUGACAGCUAGGACCAAAAAAUGAACAAAUGACUCAUCAGUUCUGAAAGGGAAAGGGAAAAAACAAAACAAAAAGAUUCCUUGUUCUUUUCCUGGAAGUUCUGUUUUUCUUGUUCUGCUGCAUUCCUAAACGCGGCAUAGAGACUUCUCCAGGUUUCUCUGGUGCUGAACAGAGGGGCUGUGGUUCUAGUCCAAGCCUGCCUUACUUGGCCAUCGGGUGGCUUUCCUAUGAUCUUGACCAAGCUGGAAUUCUUGCAAUGCUGAAGAAAUGCAAAAGAGACUUCCUUAAUUGACUGCAAAAAUGACACUUAAUUGGGGUUGGGUGUUUUUUGCAUUUCUUUUUAGAUCAAAUGGUGCCUUGUCUAACCUCUGAAUCAAUAAUAAAAUAACCCCUUUACAUUUUUA